AUGUCGACCCCUCGAGACACCAGUCCUCACCUAAGCCCGCCUCAGCACGACCUCGAGAUGCGCAGCUCAACCAUCCUCGCCUCCGCCGCCGCCGCCGGCCUGGCCACUGCCAGCAGCAACUGCAAGCUCCCCCACGUCGACGUCCCCGCGUGCCCCGCCGUCGGCACCGUGCUCUUCAACAGCAGCGUCCCCGACCGCUCGCCCUUCCCCGCGACGCAGGUCGACCUCUGCUACACCUCCACCGCUCUGCACCUCGCCUUCACCGCGCGCGACGAGCGCAGCUUCUACUUCGACCCGGCCCAGACCACCAACGGCGACAUCUGGCAGUACGAGGUCAUGGAGGCCUUCCUGCACCGCGGCGACGCCGACCCGCAGACCUACCUCGAGUUCGAGGUCAGCCCCAACAACGUCACCUACCAGGCGUUCGUGUACAACCCGUCCAAGGAGCGCGCGGCCGGCGCGCCGUUUGACCACGCCUUCAUCAGCGACCCGGCGGCGGACGGGUUCGCGGCGAAGACGACGCUGGAUAAGCAGGCGGGUACGUGGAGGAGCGAGGUGAGCAUCCCGCUGGGGCUGUUCAACGUGGACGAGGGCAAGGCGAGGGGGACGAGGUGGCGGAUGAACUUCUUCCGCACGGUGGUCAGCCCGGAGACGUUCCCGGAUCAGCAACUGGGCGCGUGGAGCGUGCCGGACAAGGCGAGCUUUCACAUUUCCAAGUAUUUCGGCACCGUCAACUUUGUCUAA